GAGGGGGGAUCCUGGCCUGGGGCGCGCGUGGGGGGCUCAGCCCCGGCUCCCGCGGGCGGGAAACUGAGGCAGCAGCCUCCCCGCGGGGCCUGGGGCUCGCGGGGCGUCCGGGGUGCCGCCCCCCACGAGCCUGCUUUGCUUCCCCCUGCCUGCUGGCCUCCGGGAUGUGGCUCACGAUGGCUUUCGCGGCCAGGGCACGUGCGGCAUUGGGACAGAUUCUUUUUUUUUUUAUUGUCGUUAUUAUUAUCUUUUUGGAGGCCGCGGGCUCAUGUAGGUUCCCCAGGAUGCAUCCCAGGCUGGUCCUGAAUUCAUAAUCCUACUCCUCCAGCUCCCCAGAGCUGGGAUUGCAUUGCAAGCGCGCGUUCCUGCGUACUCACUUGAGAUGAGUUGGGGCUGCGGUUGGUUGGUUUUCGUGGGAGUUUUCCUGUGCGUUGUGCUGUGGCCAGCCGAGCUUCAGUCUGCGCCCACGAGUCACCCGUGGAACUGCCCUAUGCAAGCACACACCUGAUGACAAACCCAGUUCCUCGAGAUGCUUCAGAAAUCCACUAGUUGAAAUCCAGUACCGCAAGUCAAACACUCCUGGACUGUGAACCUCACACACACACCACCAGCACCAUGCUGGACUCUUGUUUCCUAAUCCUCCUGCCUCUGUCUCCCAGAUGCCGGGAUUACAGGGGUGCACCGGCACAACGGGUUCCAACAGUCUAUUCUCUGUGCUUACUCAAAAGACUCUUUUAUCUCUAAUCCACCUCUGCCUAGCUCUUGCUGGGAAAAGCCAUGACAACAUAGCUCCACACUGCCCUUGUCAGCAGUUCAGGCAGUUCCCCUGGACCAGUGGUUCUAAGUUUUCCUAACGCUACACCCUUUAAUACAGUUCCUUGUAUUAUUGUGAACUCCAGCCAUAAAAUUAUUUCGUUGCUGUUUCAUGACUGUUGCGGCGCCUGAACCACAAGCAACUCCAAGGCAGUUUGCCAAGAUUGAAGCUGCCACCCAGCACCUAGCCCUGUCCAUCCUGUCUCAGAAAGCACCUCCCCAGAGACCAUCACCCCGAAGGCCACCUCCACCGCCUCCAUCCCCCUUCCUGGGUGUGGCCUGUGCCGAGGCCCCUGCGGAAGCGCCCCACAACGAUGACGGCCCCAGCCUGAGCCUAGCCGCGCUGGACACCACAACCCUGGACCUCUUUGAUGACAUUCUGCUCGCUCCUGCAGAGUGUCCCUUGGUGGACCCCGACCCCUUCUGCCAGGCUCUCCCUGCUACUGCUCUCCAGGAGGCAUCUGAAUUCAUCUCUCAAGCCCCGGGCCCAGGAGACCAGAGACAGCCAACCCCGAUGCAGCCUCCAAGGUUCCCCAAUCCCCUGCCUCCUCCCCAGAAUGCCCACGGGGGAAGCCCGGAGCCUGCAGCUCUGGGCUGGGGUUGGGUGGACAGCUGGGAGGCGGCGCCUUGUGCCUGGGAUCCUCAGGGCAUCCUGGAUGCCUGGGGAACCCUAUGAAACCUAUUCAUAACUCAGCCCUGACCGAACUCUCCCCUCUUGAGGGACCUGAGGAUAUACAGCUCAGUUGGUGGAGUGCUCUCCUAACACCAGGAAGCCCUGGGUCCCAGCGUCAGAACCAGUAACUCUGUAAAAUAAACCAAUCCCAGACCC